GUGAAUAUCUAGUCACGCACAUUGGACGAGGUGGCUUGAGUCCUCAGACGGGUAUGUCCGCAGAUGUGUAAAAUCAUGAAAAUUGCAAUAUUUGGCGCCACGGGUCCAAGCGGCACUCUGCUAGUGGAGGAGUGUCUAGGGAGUGGACACAGCGUUGUGGCACUGGCCAGGAACCCAGACAAACUAACGAUCAAACAUGAGAACCUCACGGUCGUGAAGUCGGACAUACAGACCCAGGAGGAGCUGGUAUCCCCGCUGACGGGAUGUGACGCCGUCAUGUCGUGUUUGGGGUCCAGGCAAUCAAUCUGGUCCACCGUCACGCUCUACACGGACACUGUCAAGGUCAUAACGGGCGCCAUGAGGGCGGCUGGCGUCAGCAGAUUCGUGGCAAUGGCGUCCUGGGGGACUAAAUAUGAAGCGGGUCUGCCGUUUGUGAUCAAGUGGAUCCUGCGUCCACUGAUUCUGAAGAACAUCCUCCUCAACAUGGGGCAGAUGGAGGAUUAUCUGGCGGAGUGCGGGGACAUCGACUACACCGUGGUCAGAACUGCCGAACUCACGAAGGAUGAGUCAACGGGUCGUGAGGUAACAGGUGUGGAUGGCCAGUUCGUCCCUGAUGCAGCGGCAAGGAUUCCCCGCCGUGAUGUCGUCAGGUUCAUGAUGAGGUGUGUAGUCAACGGCGAGUGGAUGAAGAAGUGUGUUUCAAUCGGAAUCAAGUGACCUCAUUGCCACUAACAUUCAAAGGGUCAAACGACUAUGAAUGCAAAAUAAAAUCCAUAUAGUUCUUAAAGGAUUACUAAUGGGUUCCCGUGAGCACAUCCUGGUGUGAUAUAAGGAUGCACCUAACUGCGGACUUGCCAGCAUACCGUGAUGGACAGACGCUGGUUCUCCAGCUAUUGUUUCCCUGAUUCAACAACCAGACAAACUCCAUCAAGACAUUCGGCUCACGUCAAUCACACACGUCUUCUCGAACAGCACUUGAAGGAAUCCAUAUUGGAUUUACUAGUGUCACUAGUUCACGUGACUAUCACAUUACACAAUACAAUCUGGCGGCAGUCGUGACCGUCAAACAAUCUUUUUCGAUAUUAAAUUGUAUCCCUAAUUGAACAUUAAAAGUUUUCUCAAAAUUGGCC